UAUAUAAGGAGUGGUCAAAUAAACUCAACGAGUGGAUUCAUGCUAUUUGUCCACCUCAUAGGUUUAGGGCAUCAACCACCACUCCAUUUUCGUGAACAGAUUCUCACGACCAUCAUCAGCUUUAGAAACUCUCAAUUCAGUAAACGGAAGCCAUGUUGUCACAUCUGCUGUCAUUCUCGCGGAUUGCCGCGACCUCUAUCCGACGGAACAUGAUCGGGUCGGGACUGUCGUGGUCGAUGGAGAUGCAGAGCCGGUUUCGUCCGACGGUGAAUAAUGCGCUGCUGCAGAGCGCGGCCGCGCAGGAGACUGCUGCGCGCGGGAUUAAGGUCCGGUCGGCGGUGAAGAAGAUGUGUGCUGAUUGCUACAUCGUUCGACGCAAGGGAAGAAUCCUUGUCCGAUGCAAGACGCACCCGAGACACAAGCAGCGACAAGGCUGAGCGGCUUUUUAUCUUUUCAGCAGAAUGCAAAAUGACGAUUGGUGGUGGAAUUUUCUGAGGAUUAUGUGCUUGGAUUCCAAGCGACGGCUGGUAGCUAAACCCAGCAUUUUGGGCUACAGCGUCGGGAAGGGAUUGGAAUACAUUGGCUCAGCUGUACAUAGGAUGGAGAUGAUGUUUGGUGUAUCAUGAAAGAUUUAUUAUAUUAUACAUAUAUACAGU